AUGUGUUGCAUGGCAGGCCCUGCAGGGAACUGCAGUCUGGAGCCCCUGAGUCCCCGCAGAACCCUCCAAGGCCUGUACGUGGUCCUCUUAAUAGUGCUGGUCAUGAGGAGCUUGGUGUUUGGUAAGCUUGUUCCUGUCAAUCAGAAACCCCCUCAACCACAUCAAUUCCCCAAAUACCUGCGCUGCUAUCGAUGCCUCCUAGAGACCGAAGAGUUGGGGUGCCUUCUGGGAUCUGACAUCUGCCUCACGCCGGCUGGCAGCAGCUGCAUCACUCUCCACAUAAAGAACAGCAGUGGUUCUGAUGUCAUGGUGAGCGACUGCCGCAGCAAGGAGCAGAUGAGUGAUUGUUCAUACACCCGCACGUCCCCAGUGUUUGGCUUCUGGAUAUUCUCUCAAUGCUGCUUCCUGGAUUUCUGCAAUGACCCUCAAAACAGAGCACUCUAUACUCCUUAG